UAUAUUCACAGGUCAAUAGCGCUCACAUUUUAGCAGAGCCGGUGUAAGAGAGCACUGCAAUCGAAUCUGUGAGAUCUGGAUGCUGUUCUUAGUCAAGAACUCAUUGUAUGUAAAUAACACUGUCCCUCACACUCAUUUCUACUUCUGUAAAUCACAAAAAAAAUCUAAUUUGCAGGGUGCUUUUCAUGAGAAUUAAAGUGUCAUAUUUAUUAAUAGUUUGGGGGUGAUGUUACAAGUAGUUUUUAUUAGCCCAUCUUGAGGUUGUGAGGGGUUUUUUUUAGGGAGUUAGAAUGGCCCAACCAAGCUAACUGUCCUCUUUCAAGCUGUGAUAAAAUUCACUCAGAAGCUAGAGUGAGAUGGAAGCAAAGGGGCCAUUUGGAAACCAAUCCACUGUAGCUCUCCCUAUGCUACUAUAGCAGGAGCAGUGAGGUGCGACUUGGAGGGAGGGGUCUGCUUUGACAGUGUUGAUGCUUCCCUCCAGGUCAAGAGCAGAUAGAAAGUGGAAACUGCUGAGUUUAGCAUGCGGGGGGAUUUGAGGGGCUUUAUCUCAGGAAUAGAUUUGAGCAGCUGCUGAGCAAAGCAAGUCAGAUUAAACUAAGAGGCAGGUCCUGUGGGUGUAUUGCUCCAGGCCCUUAUUCACCUGUUCUCACUUCACAUUGGCCAAUACUGAACAUCUGACCCCCACUGGGUGGCAAAGUCCUCCCAUCUGCAAGGCAGAAAGUGGCUGGUGCUGGAAAGGGGUGGGAGCAGCUAUCAAUAUUGAAACAUCUCAAGGGUGCAAGACUAGGAAGGUUCUGUGUGGAAUACUGCUGGGCUGGACAGAAAGGCCAAACCACAGCAGGACGUGCUGGAGGUCCCACAGGGGCUUGUCAGGAUCCUCUCUUGCUGAACGGAAAGGACAAUGGGUGCAGGCGCCAGUGCAGAGGAAAAACAUUCCCGUGAGCUGGAGAAGAAACUGAAGGAAGAUGCUGAGAAGGAUGCCAGGACAGUCAAGCUACUGCUUCUUGGAGCUGGAGAAUCAGGGAAAAGCACCAUUGUCAAGCAAAUGAAAAUUAUCCAUCAGGAUGGUUACUCAUUAGAGGAAUGCUUGGAGUUCAUCUCCAUUAUUUACAGCAAUACUUUGCAGUCCAUGUUGGCCAUUGUGAGGGCCAUGGGCACACUCAACAUCCAGUAUGGAGACUCAGCCAGGCAGGAUGAUUCCCGGAAGCUGCAGCACUUAGCAGACACCAUUGAAGAAGGCUGCAUGUCAAAGGAGAUGUCCGACAUUAUCUGCCGGCUCUGGGAGGACACCGGCAUCCAAGCCUGCUUUGAGAGGGCCUCAGAGUAUCAGCUGAAUGACUCAGCUGGCUAUUACCUGAGGGACCUGCCGCGACUAGUGGCCCCUGGAUAUGUCCCCACAGAGCAGGAUGUUCUCCGCUCCAGGGUUAAGACAACGGGCAUAAUUGAAACCCAGUUUUCCUUCAAGGACCUCCACUUCAGGAUGUUUGACGUGGGCGGCCAGCGCUCAGAACGCAAGAAGUGGAUCCACUGCUUUGAAGGAGUCACUUGCAUCAUCUUCAUUGCUGCCCUCAGCGCCUAUGACAUGGUCCUGGUGGAGGACGACGAUGUGAAUCGCAUGCAUGAGAGCCUGCACCUCUUCAACAGUAUCUGCAACCACCGCUACUUUGCCACCACCUCCAUUGUUCUUUUCCUCAACAAGAAAGACGUUUUCCAGGAAAAGAUCAAGAAGGCACACCUCAGCAUCUGCUUUCCAGAUUAUGAUGGGCCCAAUACCUACGAGGAUGCUGGUGCCUACAUCAAGGUGCAGUUCCUGGAGCUGAACAUAAGGAAAGAUGUGAAGGAAAUCUACUCACACAUGACCUGUGCCACAGACACCCAGAAUGUCAAGUUUGUCUUUGAUGCUGUCACUGACAUCAUCAUCAAAGAAAAUCUGAAGGAUUGUGGCCUUUUCUGACUGCAGGUAUUCCUGGCCCUUCUGGUGAAAUGCAGCAUUGCAAAUUCAGCAGUGUGAAAGGGAAGCUUUCCCCUCACCUGAGCUUAUGCACUCAUUCGCAUUCGUUCUUGCAUGCUGGCUGGCUAUAGUGAUCCACAUAUGGGGAAAGGCGUUUCUCCCUCAUCUGAGCUAAGCCAGACAAAAGAUUCUCCAUCCCCUCAUGGGCGUUUAAUUGACCCUCUGGAGUUGGAACUCUGAGAUUACUAGGCAGCUUCCAAACUACACCCCAGGAGUGCUGACCGCUACCUCUUCAUUGACACCCAGGAAAAGCAGGCAAGAGCUUCAUUCUGGUAACUCA